CCUCGGCACUCCAUGACAAACGGACUUUCCGAAAGUGACAUCAUUUUCUACACCGGCGUGUCAGGAGCAGUUUUUGAGAGCUUGGCAGGUGCCGUCACUGCUUUGGGUGCGAAAGUUGGCCAGCUUUUGAUAAAAGAUCAGCUGCUGCUUUGCCUUAUGAGGCUUCGCCUCGGACUUUUGUACGGCCACCUUUCAAGGAUCUUUCUUAUUUCUGUGUCAAGUGUCGGCAACGUCGUAAAGGCGAUGCUGGGACGACUGAAGACAGUCAUGGAGUCGAUUGUACUUUGGCUGCCAAGGAGUACUAUCCGUAGCAGCAUGCCACUGUCAUUCAUCGAAAACGGUAAUGGCAGAACUACCUGCAUCAUUGAUUGUACUGAGGUGCAUUUGCAGCGGCCCAGGAAGCUCAUGCCUCGGGCGCAGACCUACAGCAGCUACAAGGCACACAAUACUGUGAAGUUUCUUGUGGCCAUUGCUCCGAAUGGGUACAUCAUGCACGUCUCCGACGCUUACGGAGGCCGUGCCUCUGAUAAACUCAUCAUGCGCGAAUGCGGCAUCAAUGACUACCUUGUUCGGGGCGACGAGGUCAUGGCUGACCGUGGCUUUACGCUGGAGCCCGAGCUGGAGGUCCAGGGCAUAAAGCUCAACGUGCCUGCUUUCACAAAAGGUAAAGCACAACUCAGUGAGCGGGACGUAACAAUGACAAGACGGAUCGCAGCUGUCCGGAUCCAUGUGGAGCGGGCCAUCAACAGGAUGAAGACUUACAGAAUUUUUAAACAGUCUUUGCCUAUCAGAUCUAAGAAGACAAUCAGUCUCAUGAUCUUUGUGAUUGCAGGACUGUGCAACUUGAAGCCGCUUCUGAUUAGGGACAAUGAGACAAACGACUCUGAUGUACUGCCGUGAUGCACUGCAAUACACCAGAAGACUGAGAAUGAGCUUUUUUUUCUUAUUGCAAUAGACCGAUCCCACCAGCCAGUUUGACUACGCCACCACUGCCGCAAUGCA